AUGCCACACACAUCCCGACAAAAGCGCACUUCUAACCCGGCGCAAAAACGCCUCCAAGUAACCUCAUCCGACGGCUGGACCCAUGUCACAAGCAGCAACAAUGUGCGCCGGGUAAUGCGCACAUCCCGAGUCCCAAGCGCAGCCCAAGCAAAAGAAGAAGAAGAAUCCAUACUCGGACCGGCCGAAGCACCAGCGCGCCUCACCUUCGACGAUCUACAGACGCAGUACGCGGCGCAUCGAGAUCGCUGGGUUGAAUCCGAGACAUGGAAGACGCUCUCGAAGCUUCUUGCCGAGCAAAUGCGUGAGAGAGAACGUAUCGUAUUAAACGAUGACACGGCGUGGGGGCCCGUGGAUGCGAUUGUUUGUAUCGGACUCGGCAGUCCGAGUGGGUUCCUGCGUGAUGGGUGGGUUGAUCGGCGAACGGUAUCGAUGUAUCAGCUUGCAGCGCUGGAUAGUAUGGCGACGCAAUUAUCCCAAGGUCCGGAUGAUAGCAUCCCGUUCUCGUUCCCUAUCUACGCACAAGACCCCGUCUUCAACGGCCUCGAUUGUUUACUUCUCGAAUCGCUGGGUAUAACGAUCGUCAAUGACCCGGUUGCAUUCGAACGUAUUACGCAAAAUACACUACUUUUCUGUCCUGGCGCGGAGAAGAAGCAUCUCGAGCUGGUUUUGCCGUCGAAUCCGUGUCUUGUUUUCGGCGGGCCGUUGGAGAUGGCCGAUUCGGAGGUUAUACAGAGUUAUACAUCGAGGGUGGAAUCAAGGGGCUUGGUUCCGUUCACGAUCAAUGAGCAUGCGUUUUGGAAGAUGAGGUUGUAUUUCCGCAAGGAGGAGGCGCAGGAGGAGGAGUGA